ACGAGUUGUGAUAUCCAAUCCUUUACCGCUGGCCGCCAAAUUCAGCGAAAAUCGCAAGACGGAAAUGGCAUAAAUACACGCAACAAGCUUUCUGACAGAUACGAGCUCUGUGUCAUAAUGGCAUUGACAGCCUUGGCCAUGCUGGAUAACGGCAUAGGAGAGGAGGUGACACUUUUUGGGACUGUCACACUACUGUUACUUGCGAUGAUCCUUGCCUGGCUGUCCACUCAUGUGGCUGACAAUGGAGAUCAACUCCUGGCCAGCAUACCACCAGGUAGUCCCCAUGUGUCUCUUGUUAACCUUGGCAGUAGUAAUUCAUAUGCGAUGGGACCCACCAACACAGACCCAGCUGAAUCUCAGCCAACCUCCAAUUCCCAAGACAACAAACCAGAGGAGGAGGACCUGAUGUCGACCUGGGAAGCUAUAGAGAGUGAUGUCCUGGAAGAUGCAGGAGGUGCAGUAGCCAAUAACGAUCAGCACUUGAUUAUUCAGGGCGUGCAUAAGCAAACUGCCAUACUGGCACAUACCAGUAUGUCCCAGUCAUGCCUGCAAACUGAAAGACGACAGAAAAGGGAGAAAGAAACACCAUCAGGGGAAGUGACUGAACCUCCCAGUUCAAGCAUAACCAUUCGCCUAAAGUUUAUUAAUGAUACAGAGGAGCUGGCUACAGUCAAACCAGAGGAUACCGUUGGACUUCUGAAGAGUAAGCACUUUUCAGGACAAGAACGACAGACCAAGCUGUUCUAUAAGGGUCGGCUCCUUCAGGACCCCUCCCAGACCUUCAUGUCUCUCAACAUCACGCACAGCAGUGUCAUUCAUUGCCACAUUUCCCCGCCCCCUCCAGAGGAGCGGAGCAGAACAGAUAUGGAGCUGAGGGCAGAUGAUGGAUCCCUUGGGCCGCAUGGCGAAAAUGGUGGGCAGUCGGGAUCAAGGACUGACACCAGAGAUGCCAGAGAGCCCGGGACAGAUGCAGCUCUGAACAUGGGCAGUGUGGUGGUGCCUUUAUUUGUGGUGGCCUUAGCUGUUGCGUGGUAUUGUUGUAUCACCUACCGUCAGUUAUUUACCGUGCCUGCAACAAUCUCGCUGAUGGGAGUUACUAUAUUUUUCAGUUUCUUGGUCUUUGGCAUGUAUGGUAGGUGAGAGAUGAUGACAUUGAACUAACAAAUUGUAGACAUGUGUGCAUAGGAAAACAAGGAUGUGAGCUGGACCUGUUGUGUGAUCUUGGAGAAGGUUUCAGACUGUUUGGCACAUGAUCUUACAGUAUGCAUGCCUGCACACAAAAUGUACCUGAUGGAUUUAUGGUUUUUGAUAUUUUCUUCAGGCUACACCACGGACCUUUACAUGUGAUUCAUGGAUACAGACUCAGGAGAAAAUAAGCCUGCACAUGGAUAAUUUAUGAAAAUAGGAAAUGGUGAUUAUGUAUAUGACUGAGGUACAGGGCCAUAGUAUGAACUGGUUGAGGCAUUUUCUGGAGGCUUCUAUUCAGGUGACCUGCCUAUGAUUCAUUUUGCUGUCAUGUACAAUAAACUUCAAUUCCGCAGAAA